AUGAGCUCGUCACCUGGCCAAGGCAUGGCGCCAUACUCGUCCAGCAUGACGAAAGGUCAGGAGCGACGAGUCCUUUCACGUGUCAUAUUCUUCUGUCUCUGUGCUAGUAGCGGUGCCCUUCUGUUUGGCAUGGAUAGUGGAACAUAUGGAGGCUUCAUGGCCAUGAGAGGCUUUCUGCAGGAUUUCGGAUACUAUGAUACUAAGACGCAGUCUUUGAACAUCUCGGCUGGCACACAGAAUGCCAUUACUCUGGUCAACCUUGCUGGAACAGUGGUAGCGUGCUUUUGCUCUGGUUUCAUCGGGUCACAUCUCGGACGCCGAUGGGGUCUUUUCAUCACUGGUAUAACUGCCAUCAUCGGCGUGCUGUUGCAAGUCACUUCUGCCACAAGGGCAACACUCAUCGUGGGCAGGUUCUUUGCUGGAGGCGGCAUUGGGUUCGCUUCGAAUUUCGUAACAGUCUACAACUCCGAGAUUGCGCCGUUCCAGCUGCGAACAGCCAUGAUUGGACUUUGGCAGACAGGUGCAAAUACCGCUGUACUCAUUGGGGCCUGCGUCGACCAAGGCACGCAUCUCAUGAAGACGCGUUGGAGCUAUCGCAUUCCACUCCUCGUGCAGAUCUUCUUCCCCUGUGUUCUCAGCAGCCUAGCAUUCUUCAUCCCAGAGACUCCAAGAUGGUAUCUUACGAGAGACCGGGCUGAUGAUGCCGCGAAGGCCAUCCGGACUCUUCAUGGGCCGCUAUAUCCCCAGGAGAGGGUUAACGCAGAUGUUGCAGAUGUGGCAGCACAUAUAGAGAUGGAGAGGAAGUUUGAGAUAUCGACUUCAUAUCGCGACCUUAUCAGAGGGACGGAUUGUCGACGAACACAUCUUUGCGUCGGUAUCCAAGUCUUUCAGCAGUUUUCCGGUAUCACCUUUAUCUUCACCUUCGUCACGUACUUUUACUCAAUUUCUGGCAUCACGAAUUCUUUCACCUCAACUAUGAUCACGGACGGCUGUCAGCUCUUCGGCUCCUUUGUCAUGUUUCCUCUGCUUCACUACGUGGGCCGCCGCACAAUCAUGCUCUGGGGCGGUGCAAUGCAGACAAUUUCCAUGCUUGCUCUCGCAAUUGUCGGCACAGCAGCUCCAGGCAGCUCCGCGGCAGGAAUGUCUCUCGUCGCUUUCUCCUGCAUCUACGCGUUCGCAUUCGCGUUCUCUUGGGGUCCUGUGGCCUGGGCCUUGACUACAGAAUUGUCGUCGAAUACGCUUCGAUCGAAGACACAGAGCGUAGCUAGCAUGGUGAGCUGGGGUCUCAAUAUGGUUAUAACUUCGUUCUUGCCUUAUCUCAUUAACACCGACGAGGCCAACAUUGGUCCAAAGGUUGGUUACAUCUUUGCUGGAACUGGGCUGAUUGGGUUCAUCUGGACCUGGUGGUUCCUUCCGGAGACAAUGGGACGGUCGCUUGAAGAGCUGGAUGAGCUUUUCCUCAAUGCAUGUCACGUUGAGCAGCGUACGGCGAGUGGCUUAGAGGUCUUCGACGUUCAUGAUACGCUUACUGCCACAGAAAAGGUGACGGAGAAUAUGCAAGAGAAGGUCUAA